UUUCAAAAUAUUUUUGAAAUAUAAACAUAUGUUCCGAAAUAGAGUGAACAACAAUAGUUCGUUUGGGAUAUUAAGAAUAUUGUUGUUGUAGACAAAAAAAAUUAAAAAAUUGGUAAAGUUACAAAUAAUUGAAAAUGUCUUCGAUUGAAUCAAAACGUGUACAGUAUCGUAAAUACUUGGAGAGGGCAGGCGUCAUUGACGCGUUGAGCAAGGCACUAAUUAAACUCUAUGAAGAACAAAAUAAGCCCGAGGAUGCUAUACGUUUUGUUCGAAAAUAUAUGUGUGAAAGUUGCCCAGAUGAUGAUAUGUUCGAUGCAUUGAAAUCUGAUUUGGAUGAAUCAAAGUCUACCAUUUUUAAGCUGGAACAGGAAUUGGAACGUUUACGUAGUCAAAUCAAAAAAUCUCCUGAAGAACUUACUGAAGAACUCGAGGAGCACUUCAAGAAGCUUGUAGAAGAUGAAGAUUACACAGAAUCAUUGUUGCGCAAAUACCUAACUCGUGAAGUACUUGAUGAAUAUAUGAUUGUUACAACAACAGCUCCAACUGAAGCUAACCUAAUUGAUUGUUGUCAAAGUGGUUUCGAAUAUCAUGAUUCUCUUGUUGGUGUAUAUGCAGCUGAUGCGGAGUGUUACGAUAAGUAUCCAAAACUUUUUGAUUCUGUUGUAAAGGACUAUCAUGGAAUGAUGGAGAAUGAUGCUGCAGCUCUACAAGCAGAUGUUGAAUGGGGCAAUAGGGAGGAAGUUGAAAAUUUGGACCCAGAACGUAAAUACAUUUUAUCUUCUCGCAUACGUACUGCACGUAACAUUGCUGGUUAUCCAUUUUUCCCUAAAUUGCGCGAGAAGCAAUAUAUUGAUAUUGAGCAGAAAGUAAAGCAAGCUGUAGAAGUUCUUGAUGGUGAAUUGGCUGGUGCUUAUUUUUCAAUGAGUGAUUUAGACGCAGACAUGCAAGCUGAAAUGGUGGAACGUCAUAUUUUAUUCAAGCGUGGUGAUAAAUUUUUACAAUCUGCUGGUGCUUAUCGCUUUUGGCCUACUGGUCGAGGUAUUUUCCAUAAUCCAGCUGAAACUUUUUUGGUUUGGGUGAAUGAGGAAGAUCACUUACGUAUUAUAUCCAUGGCUAAAUGUGGUGAUAUUGGCGACGUUUAUAAUCGUUUAGUCAUUGGUAUUCAGGCACUCGAAAGAUCACUUGAAUUUGUACGUCAUCCACGUUAUGGUUACCUUAGCGCUUGUCCAACAAAUGUGGGUACAACUUUACGUGCAUCUGUACAUAUUCGCUUGCCAUAUCUAUCACAAACUGAAUCACGUCUUAAUGCUUUGGCUGAGGAGUAUUCUUUGCAGAUACGUGGUACGGGUGGUGAACAUACAGCUAUUGAAGAUGGUGUAAUGGACAUUUCAAACGUUAAACGCUUAGGUUCCACCGAAUUUGAAUUAGUUAAGAGCUUGCAAGAUGGUAUAGUACAAUUGAUAAACGCUGAACAGGAAUUAGAAGCUACUGGUGGAGAGGAAUAAUGUGUUACCUUUCAUCAAAAUCAAAAUUAAAAAGUAUCAAAAUAAUAACAUUCAAAACAUAAAAAUAACAUCAAAGGAGUGGGAGUAUUUAUGCAGAGGUGCUAUGUAUAAUUUCAUAUUGUUUGUAAUGUUUGCAAUAACAUAUUUAAUAAUUUUG